CCUCGCAGCCAUCUUGAGAAAGAAACCAUGUCCUUGUCAGGACGGCGGGUGAAUUUGACCGCCGACUCUCAAACAGGAAAGUUGUCGGGGCAGACAUGCGCAUACUUCCAUUCAUCCAUCCAUCCAUCACAUCACAUCCAAGCAUCGAUAACAUCCUCACCAAGGUGUAUCAACCAAGUUGGCAGAGUCCUGCAACUUGCUGCAAGGCCCCACCUCACAACUCGUGGGACCUAGGUGCGGUGC